AUGUCGGGUAUUAAGCCUCCAUUCACUGCUGCCACUGCGCUCCAGAAGGUCAAAGCCGCGCAGAAUCUGUGGAACACGCGCGACCCCGCCAGUGUCGUGCAGGCAUACGCACUCGACACGAUCUGGCGCAACCGGGACCAGUUCAUCCGACGCGGGCGUGACGAGGCGGCUGCGUUCCUCACAAAGAAGUGGACAUACGAGGGCGACUACCGCCUUCGCAAGGAGUUCUUCGCCUUCACAGACAACAAAAUCGCCGUCUAG